AUGGCCGUUUAUGAAAUUACUUGGAUAUGUUGGGUCAAGCUUAGAGAACAAGGGAUAUUUUUCUUCCCAGUCUUUCUGAAGUUCUCUGAUCAGCUUCUUCAGAACCUAGUUGAUUUGCAAACAUCGUCCCCAUUGGAGAUCAUUUACAGCUUUUCUGCUGUCACUCCUUGGCAUUUUUCUUUGAAUGUAGUGGAGCUGAUCAUUUACAGCUUUUCUGCUAUCACUCCUUCGAUUGUAGUGGAGCUGCUUGCUGUCAUUAUCAAUACCAACACAAGAGGAGAUUUUCUUGGUGCCUUGGAGAUCAUUCAUAGCCUCUGUGGGAUUUGUCAUCUAUGGAUUGUCCCCAAAGUCUUGACACUUGAAGGAGAGUCGGACUAA